AUGGAGGGCCUCCAUACCCAAGGCCGUUCGUCUACAGGUACAGGUAGCGAAUCUAUAGCUAACGAGAAAUUUGACCUUAUCAUCAUUGGAGCCGGAAUCUACGGCUUAUACACCGCUAAAACCUUCCUCACAAUAUGCCCGACAAUAAGUCUUCUCGUAGUCGAUUCCCUUGCUUCGAUCGGUGGCGUAUGGUCCAAGGAACGAGUCUAUCCGGGUUUACAUCUCCAACAUCACUCUAAAUUCUUCGAAUUCUCUGAGCUACGCUACGAAGACGUACCGGAAAUCGAAAUGGAUUACAACGGUAGAGGAUAUAUAAGUGGUUAUUCCUGGUAUCGAUACUUCCAGGCCUGGGCGGAAAAAAUUGGGGUUAUGAAGUACAUUCGAUUGAACACUACAGUCCAGCAAGUUACUCGACAAAGUGGAGAUGAGUAUCUUUGGAAAUGCCAAAUUGGAGACGACGAUAAAAGUCUUUUAUCAAAAAAGUUGAUUGUCGCGACGGGGAUUAGUAGUUUCCCCCGGUAUCCAGAUUUGGAUUAUUCUAAGUUUUCGGGACCGGUUAUGCAUCAUCGAUAUUUUGGAGAACGGUAUGAAGAGUUGGUAUCGGAAAAUGUGAAAGAGGUUGUUGUUUAUGGUGCUUCAAAGAGUGGUCUAGACGCCGUGAUGCAACUCGCGGAACUCGGGAAGAAAGUCAAGUGGAUUAUUCGAAAAGAAGGCCGGGGACCACCCUGGCUAGUCGAUCUGAAAGGUUCACGUUCUGACCUGAUCCUUAUGCGCAUUGUCAACACUAUAGCUCCAGCUGCCUACCAAGGCGACGGAUUCUACGGCCUCCAUUAUGUUUUCAAGCAAACAUAUCUUGGUAAAGCCUUUCAGAAAUAUGCAUUUGAGAAGUUCGGGCAGCUUGUUCAAAAAGAAUAUAGAUUAGAUGAUUCGCAGGUGGAUGAAAUAUUGAUUCCCAUGGUUCCAAAGCAUUCAAUCAUAUGGAAUUAUAACAUUUCUGGGACUGAUAAUUAUGAUGCUUCAUUGUAUGAUCGAAUACGUAGUAAACAGACCGAGGUGGUCAGAGAGACGAUAACCUCAUUGGAAGGUAAAAAUAUCACUCUUUCCUCGGGAGAAUCUUUAACUGCAGAUGCAGUCGUUUUCGCGACGGGAUUUAAAACUACAAUUCCUUUCUUUGCAGAAGACCUCUCAAUGCGCAUUGGCCUUCCUUCGACUAAAUACACUGAGGAAUAUCUGGAAAAAUGGAGAUACUUGGAAGCAGAAGCCGAUGAGCGAGUCUAUAAAGCAAACCCAGUUCUGCAGUAUGCCCCACAGCCGCCGCCAUACUUUCUAUCAGACCCGGCUGCCGGUAAGCUUAGACUAUAUCACCAUAUACUCCCUACCGACCCGGAAUUUUUGGAUGGGAGUUUUGUAAUCUUAGGCUCGUUUUCUGCGGCUUCAACGCUGCAGAGCGCAAUGAUCUUAUCACUUUGGGCAGCGGUGUAUAUGUUCGGAAAGAUGGAGUUACCUCCUCAAGAUGAGAUGGAAAAGACUGCAGCGUAUGAGAUACGAAUGCAUCAGAUUCGAAGUCCUGGGAUGGUCAACGAUUUGCCCUGGGUCUCUUUUGAUUUUUUAGCGUUCUCGACCAUGAUGUUAAAGGAGUUGGGAUUGAACCCUUGGAGGAAGAAAGGGUGGUAUGAUGAGUUGGUCCAUGCAUAUACAUGCCAUGACUAUGGUGAUUUAGCUAAGGAGUGGGUCGAGUUGCACGGAACAGUAGGGGACCCUGGAGGUUGUUCGCGUUCUUCUGUACCCACAGGGUCUAUUUCUUCCGAUUUCUAA